AUGGCCGGUAUCAGACUCCGCGAUGUCAGCGGGUAUCUGAUCUUGCUCAUCGCCAUCACGACCCUGGGGUCGUUGCAGUUCGGCUUUCACUUGGCUGAACUCAACGCACCCCAGGACGUUAUUACAUGCCGCAAGAAAUCGAUCUCCGCCCUCGACAAGAUCAAGGGACUGGUCUACAAGCCGAAAGAUGACGAUGCUGGUUCUGGCUUCAUGCCCCAUUGUAUCCCCAUGGACGAGGCUUCGUUUGCGACGAUAUCUUCCAUCUUCAUGGUUGGUGGGCUGUUGGGAGCUUUGGCCUCUGGACCGUUCUCGUCGAAACGUGGACGCCUUCCUGCGAUGCGCAUCACGGGUCUGCUCUAUUUGUUUGGGGCAGCUGUUGAGACCGUUGCAGGAAGCGUCUUCGUCAUGGCGCUCGGUCGCUUGUUUGCUGGUAUCGGAGCUGGAGCGUCGACUGUCGUUGUCCCUCUUUACAUCAGUGAGAUUGCACCACCCAAGGAACGUGGACUGUUUGGCUUCAUGACGCAGAUCUCGAUCAAUUUUGGUAUCCUGGUGGUUCAGACCAUGGGAUUCUUCCUGAGCUACGGUACUGCUUGGAGAUGGAUCCUUGCUACUGGAGUCUUCAUCGCAACCGCGCAAACUCUGGGUCUCUUCGUCGUCCCAGAGAGUCCAUCUUGGUUGGCAGCGCAGGGAAAUGCACCCAAGGCCAGGCGGACCCUACAGAGAAUUCGUGGCAACGGCUACGACAUCCAUGAGGAGACUGAGACCUGGGACUCAGAUGACCAUGAUGCUUCCGAAGAAGACGGCUUGCUUCAGGCGGAUAGUGCCUCCGAAUCACCAUCGAAGAAACGGACUGAGCAUCUUGGAUUCUUCGAAGUACUGAAGGAUCCUGAUACCAGGCCUGCAAUCGUUGCUGUCGUGGGCAUCAUGUUUGCCCAGCAGUUUUGCGGUGUCAACUCGAUCAUCAUGUACUCCGUUUCUCUUCUUGCUGACCUACUCCCUGUCUCUUCGUCACUGCUCACUAUUCUCGUUUCUGUUGUCAACUUGUUCACUACUAUCGCAUGCGCGCCUCUUCCCGAUCGUCUCGGUCGCAAGACCUGCCUCCUUGCCUCGAUUAUCGGACAAGGAUCAAGCGCUCUCAUCCUAGCCAUCUCGAUCAUCUUUGGAGUCAAGAUUCUUUCAGCCAUCGCUGUCGUCGCCUUUGUCGGCUUUUUCGCAGUUGGUCUGGGCCCAGUACCAUUCCUGAUCUCCUCCGAGCUGGUCGGACAAGAGGCUGUUGGCGCCACGCAGAGUUGGUGUCUCGCAGCUAACUACGCAGCGACUUUCCUGGUCGCUCAAUUCUUCCCAAUUGUAAACUCAGCUCUUAACGACUUGCUGGGCGGUCACGGAUGGGUUUACUUCAUCUUUGCAGGUCUAGCCGCUGGAUCUGCUAUCUUUGUGUUCUGGAACGUGCCAGAAACGAAGGGCAAGAAGGAUGUCGAUGAGGUUUGGGGCAGGACAAGGCGCGUUGAUUAG